CAGCUGGAUGUAAACAUUGUUUGUUUGACAGCUCUGUACUACGCGACGUCGUUUCCAAGUUUACUGAAACUAUGGCAGAAACUGCUCCUGCUCCCGCGGCUGCUCCGGCUAAAGCCCCGAAGAAGAAGGCGACAAAGGCGAAGAAGCCUGGACCAAGCGUGUCCGACCUGAUCUUGAAGACGGUCACCGCUUCCAACGAGCGCAAAGGAGUUUCCCUGGCGGCUCUGAAGAAGGCUUUGGCAGGUGGUGGAUAUGACGUUGAGAAAAACAACUCUCGCGUCAAGAUUGCUUUGAAAUCUCUGGUGAAAAAGGGGGCGCUUGUUCAAACUAAAGGCACCGGAGCGUCCGGAUCUUUCAAGGUGAGCAAGAAACCAGCCGCCAAGAAGCCCGUCAAGAAAGUUGUGGCGAAACCGAAGAAACCAGCCGUGAAGAAGGCGGCGGCCAAGGCGGCGAAGCCCAAGAAGGCAGCAGUAAAGAAACCUGCCCCGAAGAAGUCUCCUAAGAAAGUAAAGAAAGCGGCUGCGCCCAAGAAAGCCACCAAAAGCCCCAAGAAAGUGAAGAAACCGGCAGUGAAGAAAGUUGCAAAGAGUCCUAAGAAGGUCAAAGCAGUGAAGCCUAAAACAGUGAAGGCUAAAGCCGCAAAGCCCAAGGCUGCCAAAGCGAAGAAGACGGCUGCUAAGAAGAAGUACGUGCGGAUGCAGACAGGGGUGACCAAAGAGGUGAGCAUCUCGAAGGUUUGUGGAGUCACGAUGGUAAGACACCAGCUCAUUACUGAAGUCAACCGUUUGAACCGUAUUCCGAGAGCACAGCUUCCCGCAUCCCAAGAGGCUGGAAAACGCUUUGCGGAAUUCUGCAUUAAAUGCAUAAACAACAGGAUUCAAGGUAGAGUUCGCCCACCCACACCACACAAACACAUCGAAAGUUGUCUUAUUGACACAUGGGAUCUGCCCGGCGUUGUGGAGGCCAGGGUGAGCAAGAAACCAGCCGCCAAGAAGCCCGUCAAGAAAGUUGUGGCGAAACCGAAGAAACCAGCCGUGAAGAAGGCGGCGGCCAAGGCGGCGAAGCCCAAGAAGGCAGCAGUAAAGAAACCUGCCCCGAAGAAGUCUCCUAAGAAAGUAAAGAAAGCGGCUGCGCCCAAGAAAGCCACCAAAAGCCCCAAGAAAGUGAAGAAACCGGCAGUGAAGAAAGUUGCAAAGAGUCCUAAGAAGGUCAAAGCAGUGAAGCCUAAAACAGUGAAGGCUAAAGCCGCAAAGCCCAAGGCUGCCAAAGCGAAGAAGACGGCUGCUAAGAAGAAGUAAACUGCCAGACUUUACUCCAUAAACCAAAGGCUCUUAUAAGAGCCACCCCAUCUUCACAGCAGUGCAAAUAUUCCUAAUGCAUGUAAGAAGGCUUAUGCCUUUUUGAGACUGAGAAAAUGGUUUUUGGGGUGGGAUGUGACACUUUUUGAACUGUCUUGUUGUAUGGAGUCUUACUGCUUCUAAAUAUCACCAGCGCGAACGAGCAGCACAAAUAUUGCAGUGAAAGACUUUUAUCAAGAUCGGUUUGUAUAAACACGUGACAGUCUCUACCUCUGUACCUGUUGCACAAAGCCGAUUACUUGGUGUAGAUUUUCAAUCCUUCACAGAUUAGACAGAAGAGUUCGCUGGUUGGGAAGCGUACAAAAUGUGCAUACAUUAACAUAUAUAAGUACAUUUUGUUUAAAGUUUGUAUGUGACUUAACAGGAUGAGUGCGUUUUAUCACUAUGUCACUAUGAUUCAGGGUAUAUUUAUAUUUUGUACUGGAUUAUACUAGACUUUCCUGUAAAUACAGCAAAACAGAACAAACAUUUAAUUUAUUAAUUGUUAAUGGUAUGUUGAAAUUUGCUACCAGAGGCAAUAUGCAUCCCCCCCCCCCCCUUUUUUUUUGUAUACUACUGUUCUUAACAUUUACUCAUAAACCUAUAUUUUGUCCAAAAUCUGUUUUAGUACAAAACUCCCAAUAAAAACAAAUAUGCUAUCAG